CACUGCAUCAUCAUCAUCUUCUCAGCGCAACAACCAUGAUCGGCCGCCCACGACUGCUCUGGCCGUCUGCUAGACGGUCGCUAUCGAUACGAAAUACCCGUUCCUUCGUGUUCACCUCAUCCGCGACCUCAACACCACCAACUGCCGACAUUCCCAUGCCCUUCAUCGUGGAGACAACGGGUGAAGGACGCAGAACUUGGGACAUCUUCUCUAAGCUACUACAAGAAAGAAUUAUCUGUCUAAACGGGCCAAUCAAUGACUACAUGUCUGCCUCAAUAGUAUCACAGUUGCUCUGGUUAGAGUCAGACACGCCAGACAAGCCAAUCACAAUGUACAUCAACUCUCCCGGCGGCUCUGUCACAUCAGGCCUUGCUAUAUACGAUACGAUGACAUAUAUUAAAUCCCCAGUGUCCACGGUUUGCGUGGGAGGUGCUGCGUCCAUGGCUGCUAUUCUUCUGGCAGGUGGUGAGGCGGGUAAGCGAUAUGCUCUGCCUCACAGCUCCAUUAUGAUACACCAGCCUCUCGGAGGCACCCAAGGACAGGCCUCAGACAUUUUGAUCUAUGCGAACCAGAUUCAGCGCAUCCGCGAGCAAUCAAAUGAGAUCAUGCGCUACCAUCUAAACAAGGCCAAGGGGCACGACCGAUACACACUGGAUGAGGUCAAUGAUAUGAUGGAAAGAGACAAAUACCUGUCCGUAAAAGAGGCAUUGGAUCUGGGAGUAAUUGAUGAGAUAUUGACGAAGCGACCCGACGCGAAGGACGACAAGCCGCAAUCAGCGAAGCAGACAUAGACUGCGUUGCGCGAUUUGUUCAUAUCAUCAAUUAUUCCAUAGUUGCCUGGCGUUUGUGUAUUUUUUCCAUAGAAAUUGAAAGAACUGUAUAAUAGAGACUUUAACUUCUUUUGGCGGCACAAUGUCGAUUUAUUUGAUUGCCCGCAGAGUGAGCACUACCUACC